AGUGUGACGUAGGAGGAAGGAGACGCCAUUAGAGGGAGGCGGAGAGGGAGCGCUCUUCUCCUUUCGUGGGGUGCCUGACGUGGUGGCCGGGGCCCUUCAUUCUCGGACUUUCUCUCGGCCCCGCCAGGCCUCGCCCCAGGAGACGAGCUAGCAGACGGCGCCCGGGGUCGGCGGGCCGGGGCGGAGGGGCCUGUGCCCGUGGCUGUGAGGGCGCCGCGGCGGCCGUGCGGAGCUCGGCGCUGCUCUAGGGCUCGGGCGGCCCGGGAGCGGGGUGCGGCGGGAUGGCUGCGGCCGGCGGCGGGGCGGCGGCGGGGCGAGCCUACUCGUUCAAGGUGGUGCUGCUGGGGGAAGGCUGCGUGGGGAAGACGUCGCUGGUGCUGCGCUACUGCGAGAACAAGUUCAACGACAAGCACAUCACCACUUUGCAGGCAUCAUUCUUAACAAAGAAGUUAAACAUUGGUGGAAAAAGAGUAAACCUUGCUAUAUGGGAUACAGCAGGUCAAGAGAGAUUCCAUGCAUUGGGUCCAAUUUACUACAGAGAUUCAAAUGGAGCUAUUUUAGUUUAUGAUAUAACAGAUGAAGAUUCUUUUCAGAAGGUAAAAAACUGGGUCAAAGAAUUGCGGAAAAUGUUGGGAAAUGAAAUCUGUUUAUGUAUAGUUGGUAAUAAAAUAGACUUGGAAAAGGAGAGACAUGUGUCCAUUCAAGAAGCAGAAUCGUAUGCAGAAUCUGUGGGAGCAAAACAUUAUCAUACAUCAGCCAAACAGAACAAAGGAAUUGAGGAACUCUUUCUUGACCUCUGUAAAAGGAUGAUAGAAACAGCACAAGUGGAUGAGAGGGCAAAAGGCAAUGGCUCCAGUCAACCAGGAGCUGCCCGGCGAGGUGUACAGAUUAUUGAUGAUGAACCUCAAGUCCAGAGCAGUGGUGGAGGGUGCUGUUCUUCUGGAUAACUGUUCACACCUCAGAAAUUAAAACAAACUGUGGAUCAUUGCCCUCAACAUGAAGACUGCCAUAUUCCAAGUCACAUUAUUUUACCAAUGGGAUUAUAGAAUUAACAGUAUUUUAAAUUACGUUUAUAACACUGCAGAGACCUUAAGUGCUAAACUUAGUGGAGUUUGUGACCAGAGAAUUGGCAUUUUCUACAAAUGUUAACAAAGCAAUUACCAAUGGCCUUUUUACAUAUUUUUUUCUUUAAUAAGGAAUAAUAUGCAUGUAGAAAAGACCUACUUAAAGGCUUCAUUUAUAUUCUUUUAAAUCAAAUCUUUAUUUAAUAACUUAUAUAUGUUGUUGGAAUGGUAUACAUUUUGCAGCCCUUUGUAUUUUGUGGUAGUUUGAACUGUAUCACUUCCAAACAGUAAACUGUUUUUGUUUUUGUUUUUUAAUUAGCAAAUACCCGAAGUACUAUUUUUGCAGGGUUUGCACAGGCCCCUAUAACUGUCUACUACUUUGAUAUAAUCUAUAUACAUCCUGUAUGCUGAGCUGGUAAAAUACAUUGUAAAUUACAUAUUAAAUAUUUUAUCUGCUUUUACAAGCGCAAGGUGCAAAAAUAUAUACAAUAGUUUCAUUGAUGACUGUAAAGUGAUUAACAUUUGAUGAUAAUGCCUAAGCUUUCUGACUCUGAUAUAUAAAGAUCGUAGCUCCCUUCACUUUUGUCUUAACUUGAAAGUGGCGUGUUUAAAUUUUCACAAAUACUUUACUUGAAUUACUGCUGUUGUCACAUGUUUUGGCCUCUGUAAGUUCAACCGAUGAUCGAGCAGCGGCAUUUGCCUUUUGGUUUGGGUUUUAUUUGUUUGUUUGUUUGUUUUUAUAAAAGAGAUGACUUCUGCCAAUUUUGCUUUAGAAUGGUUAUCUUAGAAAUAUUUGAGUGGAGCAUGCUGAGUUUCACUUUUUCAACGGCUUUGGUUUUCUCUUAAGCUUCAUAUGAGAAGGGUUUAUUGAUGUAAGAAGAGAAAAAGGGGUCCCAGACAGUAGCCACUCAACAAGACUAAUUCAUGCAGCAUGUUAGUGGUAGUUUAUGCUCCUGAGACAGCACUUUUAGAUCUUUUGUGAGCAAGUUGUAUUUGCGUAAUGCUUGCCAGAGAUGAACACAGAAAGUUUUGUUUAAUUUUAUAAGAGCUGUUUUGAGUUUCUGUGAAGGGAAACAUUUCAUGAAAUGCAGUUACAGAGAACACUGGAAAGAUUUAUUAUAAAAUUAUAUUCUUGUAUACUUUGUAAAUUAGUCUCUCAUUAGAUUUUUUUUUUCAUUAAGCAUAGGACUGAACUUAAAUUUGUUAAUUUUAAUAUAAUCAGGCACUGCUCACAGAAGGAACACAAAUGGUAGACAUUAACAUAAAUUGUUUUUGCUCUAAUAUAUAUAUUUUUCCAUUUCUGUCAUGCUUGGAAAACUAGUAAAUGUUAUGUCUAAGAUAAAAUGGAAUGGUCCCUGGAUUUACUUCUAAUAAGAAGCAGCAGUAUCCAAUAAAGUUGUUAGCAUGCACAAUUAAGAGGAUAUAAAGAAGUACUACCAUAUUUUUAAGUUAAAAGCUUAAACUUUCCCAAAUGGGUUAAAAGUUGAAUGAACUGAUUUUAUGAUGUUACAAUUUUUACUUAGUAUUAAGGAUUCUGUGAGCCUUUGCUUUACCAAUUUUUUCUUUUUAAAUCUUUAUUGUUGAAAAUAUUACUUAUCCCCCUUUUCCCCCCAUUGACUUCUUCUAGCCCGCCCCCGCCUCCUGCCUCCUUCACCACCCUAUUGCACUUUACCUUUUUUAAUGAUUGUCCUUGCCAAACUCAACAAACACAUUGACCUCUGUUGUGUGUGUUUGGAGGGGUGGGGUGGAAAAAAGUCAGGGAGAUAAGUUAAAAUUGUCUUCGGUGGCUGUACUCUGUGUAGUUUCUCGGUUUUCUGGGAGUUUGAUGUUUAUGCAGGGAAUUGGGGAAGGUUGGGGGAAUCAUGAGUAUAAUAGAGGAAAAUUGUUUUGACUUUCUUUCAGAAGUAAUAAAGAAAGCCUUGCCAUUUCUGCUGUUGUAGAUGGGAAGCAAGCUCUUUUCCAUUGGAGUGAAAAAGGUUUUUUAAAGUAGAGAUGAAAUUGAGCAUUAUUCCAAAAAAAAUAAUGUUAUGAAACCUGAUAACUGGAGAACUGUGCUCUCAAUUUUGACCUUUUAAAGUCUAGAUAGGAACCUCUGCUCUGGAGUUGCCAGAUAAUUAUUGGUGGGCCACCACCGCUCUCCCUGUUUUGUUUUGUUUCCUCCCCUCCUCCUCUAUUCUCCCUUGGCUUCUGUG